AUGGCUUUAGAGUCAUGUGGAAGCUGUUUGAGUUAUCUGCUGAUACCUCUUGCACUUUGGAGUAUUGUUGUUAACAUCCUAUUAUACUUCCCUAAUGGGAAAGCUUCACAUGCUGCCAGUCACCAGCUUUCCAGCUACGUGUGGUAUUUCGAAGGGAUCUGUUUCUCAGGUGUGAUGAUCCUUCUGCUGGCAGUAAUUCUAAUAACACUGGAGUGUAACACGUUCUAUCGGUGCUGCCAGAGUGAGAGCUGUAACAAAACCUACAGGAGUUUCAUUUCAAUUGUGCUAGCCCUGCUUGGAGUUGCUUUCUCUGGGUACAGUUGCAUCAUUUUUACCUUGUGGUUGAUCCAAGGCCCCUUCUGCAAUUCAUCAGGUGGAUGGGAUUAUAUCUUCAAGGCCACUGCUGGAGGGUACCUCACAGAUUACCCUGCUUGGUCUCGGUGCACUGAACCUGCUAACAUAGUGGAGUGGAACAUCAUUUUACUCUCUAUUCUGAUAGCUCUUAGUGGACUGCAGGUGAUCAUCUGUUUUCUCAAAGUGGCUGCUGAGUUGAAACGGACGCUCUGUGGGACCUAUUCUGUUUUUGUCCAGAACAUAGGAAUAUUUAUUGUUCCAAAAGGGCCUGAUUCAAAGCUCCAUAUGUCAGGAGGUGUUGUUCCCUUGAGAAUUAGCUCACUGGAUGAAGCCAUGAUUUCUAAAUGA